AUGGGACGAAGUGGGUGUCAAAGUUUCUUCGGAGAGUAUUCGGGAGUAUUGGACACGGGCCAAGCAAGCCGGAGUUCCCUGGGCCCAACACGACUACAGCAGCCAACCUGGAGGAUGGCCGAUUCCCUUGAAAAUCUUCGGAGACGAUGCUACCUUCAACCAGAUGGGCGACAAAGCCCUCGCAUUCGUGUUGAGCUGUCCGUUGUGGCGGCCACAGGGUGCGAGGAAUUCUCGGUUCUUGCUUUCCGUGUUGUCGUUGGAUGCUACUUACCUCGGCUGGGAAACCCUGAAACCUGUCAUUGGUCAUAUUGUUGCUGCCUUAAACCGAGCAGCAGCCACGCCACUGACCCAUGA